AUGCCUCAGUGCGGUUCGGAUGAUUCUGGAUCGGAAUCUGACAAUAAAAAGUCAUCCGGCUCGGACAAUGAAUCAAGUAGCGGUAGCUCAAAAUCAAAAUCAGAUUCAGAUAGCGAUUCAUCAGGUUCAUCUAUAACUUCAAACAAGUCAAAUUCCGGUUCUGGAACAAGGAGCGGAUCCGAAUCCGAUACAAAAUCAGAAAAAUCUCCAUUUAAAACCAACGUGCAUUUAAGCGCGGAAAAAAAUGGAAAGAAAGAAGACCUGAAACAGUGCUGGGAAGAAAAUCCGGAUGUUUAUGGAAUUCGUAGAUCGGGAAGAUCCAAAAAAGAACCGGAGAGGUUGGAAGUCAGAAGUGGAUCUUCUGAAAAGGGUAGAAAAAAUUCUAGACGAAAUUCUAAAAGUUCGAAUACGUGGAAUUCGUCCGUGUCAGAUUCUGACACCGAUAAAGAUAUUAAACCCCGUCCUCCGAGAAGUCGGCCACCCGGAAGAAAACCCGCCAAACCUAUAUCGAGGGGAAGAGCAAAAACUCAAGAAAAAUCACGGAAAAGAAGGUAUAGUGAUUCUUCAGAUGAUUCAUCCGACAGUGAUGCUGCCAUCAGGCGGACACACACUCGGAGAGCAGGGACCGGUAUUAGUUACAAGGAAGAAAGUGAAGAUGAAGAAACGGGUUCGGAUGAAGUUACGGAAGUAAAUUGGGAUGAAUCUGCUCAAACUCAAACGGCAGGAGAAACGGAUACGGCUGACACAAUUGAAAAAGUUUUAGCACAAAGGAGGGGUAAAAAAGGAGCUGUCGGCGGACCGACGACAUUUUACGCCGUCGAUGAAAACGGAGAUCCCAACGAAGGAUGUGAUCCAAAUGAUAGAGAAGGUACAGAAAUUCAAUAUUACAUUAAAUGGAAAGGUUGGUCUCACAUUCACAAUACCUGGGAAUCGGAGCAAUCGCUUAAAGAUAACAAGGUAAAAGGAUUAAAAAAAUUAGAAAAUUAUAUGAAUCGAGAAGAUGAUUUGGCCGCUUGGAGAAAACACGCUAGUCCAGAAGAUAUUGAAUAUUACGAAUAUCAAUUGGAACUUCAAAGUGAUUUACUGAAAAGUUAUACAAACGUUGAAAGGGUUAUAGAAGCGUCAGUCGAAGAUGGUAAUAUAAUUAACAAAAAAUGGCCGAAAAAAGUUCAGGAGUACAAGGAAAGAGAAGAAUCUAAAAGAACGCCAAAUAAAUCGUGUCGAGCUUUAAAAGUUCGACCGAAAUUUUUUCAAAUAAAAAAUCAACCAUCGUUCGUGGGAGGCGAUAGCGCGUUACAACUUCGAGAUUAUCAAUUGGAUGGAUUAAAUUGGCUCGUUCAUUCGUGGUGUAAAGAAAAUUCUGCCAUUCUAGCCGAUGAAAUGGGUUUGGGAAAAACAAUACAGACAAUUUGUUUUCUGUAUUAUCUCUUUCGGACGCAUCAAGUUUACGGACCAUUUUUACUCGUCGUACCCCUUUCGACGAUGACUUCGUGGCAAAGAGAAUUUUCUUUGUGGGCUCCCGAAAUGAAUUUUGUUAUAUAUUUAGGGGAUGUUAAUUCUAGGAAUAUUAUUAGGGAUUACGAAUGGUGGCACACGGGAACAAAAAGACUAAAAAUUAACGCAGUUUUAACUACGUACGAAAUUGUUUUAAAAGAUAAAGCGUUUUUAGGAUGUAUUAGUUGGGCUGCUCUGCUGGUGGACGAAGCCCAUCGUUUAAAAAAUGACGAUUCCUUAUUGUAUAAAGCAUUAACCGAGUUUGACACUAAUCAUAGGUUAUUAAUCACAGGAACGCCUUUACAAAAUAGUUUAAAAGAACUUUGGGCAUUAUUGCAUUUUAUUAUGCCAGAUAAGUUUGCAAAAUGGGAAGAUUUCGAAAGAGAACACGAUCACACGGCUCAAAAGGGUUAUGCAAAGCUUCACGCUCAAUUAGAACCCUUCAUUCUUAGACGGGUCAAAAAAGACGUUGAAAAAUCACUUCCGUCAAAAGUCGAACAAAUAUUACGCGUAGAAAUGUCUUCUCUUCAAAAACAAUAUUAUAAGUGGAUAUUGACUAAAAAUUACAGUGCUUUACGAAAGGGUGUGAAAGGGUCUACUACUACUUUUAAUAAUAUAGUUAUAGAACUAAAAAAAUGUUGUAAUCACGCGUUUUUGACAAAACCUUCGGAAACGGAAAAUAAAAGUAACGAAGCCGAUUCGCUUCAGAUGUUACUUAGAGGUUCGGGAAAAUUGGUCUUAUUAGAUAAGCUUCUAGUCCGUUUAAAAGAAACAAAUCAUAGGGUUUUGAUAUUCUCUCAAAUGGUCAGAAUGUUGGACAUUUUGGCCGAAUAUUUACAAUUGAGAAGAUUUCAGUUUCAAAGGUUAGAUGGAAGCAUAAAAGGAGAAAUUAGAAAACAAGCUUUGGAUCAUUUUAAUGCGGAAAAUUCUAUGGAUUUUUGUUUUCUUUUAUCUACUAGAGCCGGAGGUCUGGGCAUAAAUUUAGCAACAGCAGAUACAGUAAUAAUUUUCGAUUCGGAUUGGAAUCCGCAAAACGAUUUACAAGCUCAGGCUCGAGCACAUAGGAUAGGACAAAAAAAUCAAGUAAAUAUUUAUAGAUUAGUAACGAAAAAUUCCGUCGAAGAAGAAAUUAUUGAAAGGGCGAAGAAAAAAAUGGUUUUGGAUCAUUUAGUCAUACAAAGAAUGGAUACCACAGGGAGAACGGUUCUCGAUAAAAAAGGCUCUUCGGUUACGCCUUUUAACAAAGGAGAUUUGACAGCAAUUUUAAAAUUUGGCGCCGAAGAAUUAUUUAAAGAUGAAGAGGAUGGGGAUGAAGAACCAGCGUGUGACAUUGAUGAAAUCUUAAAAAGAGCAGAAACCGCUGAAGAAGCUCCUGCAACCGUUGGAGAUGAAUUGUUAUCUGCAUUUAAAGUUGCCAGUUUUGCCGCUUUCGACGAGGAAAAGGACUUGCCUGCCGAAGAGCCAGAACCUGAAGAAGAAACCAAAGAUUGGGAUGACAUCAUUCCAGAAAAUUAUCGUAAAAAAGUUGAAGAAGAAGAAAAGGCCAAGGAAAUGGAAGACCUUUAUUUGCCUCCUAGAAGUCGUAAAACAUUGCAACAAAUCAAUCAAUCCGAUAGUGAUAAUGCCGAAGAUAAAAAAGCAAAAAAAAAGAAGACUGAGGAAUCUGAAGGUGAAGGAAGUGACGAAGAGAGCGACGAGGAAAGGCCCAAAAGAAGAGGGCGACCAAAGAAAUGUCCGUUUGAAUGCGAAAAACCAUUUUCCGAUGCGGAGGUACGAAGAUUUAUCAAAAGUUAUAAAAAGUUUUCAACGCCUUUAAAACGUUUAGAAGCCGUUGCGUGCGAUGCGGAAUUACAAGAAAAACCGUUAUCGGAUUUGCGAAAACUAGGGGAAUACAUAGAAAGGAAAUGUAACGAAUUGAUGAUAGAAACACAAAAUUUUCAAAAGGAAAAUUCUGAAAUUAACCAAAAUAACGAAGACAGUAAUCUUUCAGUGCCCACCAAAAAACAUAGACUUAGAGGUCCUUCAUUUAAAAUUGGACGGGUCUCAUUAAACGCCAAAACUCUUUUAGCAACUUUAAAAGAAUUAGAACCUCUUGAUGAAGCUUUACCAAGCGACGUUGAAGAAAGGAAAAGAUGGAUAUUAGAUUUUAGAGUUAAAUCGGCAAAUUUCGACUGUGAUUGGGACAUCAAAGAAGAUUCUUGUUUACUCAAAGGCAUUUAUCAAUACGGUUUAGGUUCAUGGGAAGCAAUCAAAAUGGAUCCCUCGUUAGGAAUAAGCGAUAAAAUCCUUUUACCGGAUGAAAAAAAACCCCAAGCGAAACAUUUACUCUCAAGAUCCGAGUAUUUACUUAAAGUUUUAAAAAAAUGUUUAGAUCAAAAAAAAGGAGUGGCAAAACCUAAAAGGCAAAAAAAGAAAUUAAAGGAAACAUCAAAAGAGAUAAUCGAUAAUCACGACGUUUCAUCAGCCGAAGAAAAUACGAUUCCCUCAACGUUGGGAACCGUGAAAAAAAUCGUUAAAACAAAAUCGGAAGGAGAAGAAGAAAAAGAAGAUAAAAAAAAAGAGAAAAAAGUUAAAAAGGAGAAAAAAGACAGUAGCGAGUCGAAAGAGAGAAAAGAAAAAGAGGGAAAAGCGAAAAGGAAAAAAGUUCAGGGUCCCAUGCAUUUCACGGCCAAUAACAAACCGAGAGCCGUUGAAGUUUUGGGAGAUUUGGAUCCCGCCUGUAAAGAAAAAAUGAGACCCGUAAAAAAGGCGUUAAAAUCAUUGGAUAAUCAAGAUCAAUCCUUGGGUCAACAAGAACAGGUUCAACAUACGAGAAUGUGUCUUUUGCAAAUCGGAGAUCAAAUAAAUAAAUGUUUAUCAGAGUAUAAAGAUCCCGAUAAAGUGAAAGAAUGGAGAAGUAACCUUUGGUAUUUUGUAUCGAAAUUCACGGAAUACGAUGCGAAAAAAUUGUACAAAUUAUACAAGCACGAAGUGAAAAAAGAAUUGGAAAAAAAAUUAGGAGUUAAAGAAGGGGAAAAGGAUAAGGAGAAAAUCAAAGAAAAGAAAAAGGAGAAAUUGGGGAAAAUGUUGGACGUCGAGGGAAGAGGGGAAAAGGAUAGGAUAAGUAAUAAAAGGAGAAUCGACGAUGAUAGGGAAAGUUCUUUAUCCCCCGCUAAAAAGCCUUAUCACGAAGGGAAAAGCAGAGGUAGAGAAGACUGGAUGGAAAGAGACAGAAGCAGAUCUCGGGAUUUGGAUUAUAAAAUUAAAGACGAUAGAAGAUCUCAUAAGGAAAGUCACCACGGGGCGCCACUCACUCCGCAAAGGCCGGGAGGAUCGCAAAAUUCAUCCAGGCACGAUUACAGCCCCGGAGAUUCUAGGACGACGUUGAGUCCUCACGGGAGAAACCAUAGGGAAAGAGAUCGAGAUAGAGAUAGGGAUAGGGAUAGAGAUAGAGAUAGGGAAAGAGACAGGGAUAGAGAUAGAGAUAGAGACAGGGAUAGGGAUAGAGAUAGAGAUAGGGAUAGGGAAAGAGAUAGAGAUAGAGAUCGAGACCGGGAUAAAGAUAGAGAAAGAGAUAGAGACAGGUAUAACGAUCAUAAACGUGAUAGAUACGAUGGUUAUUCUAGAAUUCCGAAUUCUUUGUACAGAGACAGUAGAGACUCGAGAGAAAGAAUAAAUCAUCGGAGACCAUAUCAUCAAGGCCCUCCUCCGGCUUACCCGAAUCAUUACGGAGUACCUCCCGUACCCUACGGAAUGUCUCCCGUCGGAUUGUAUCCCCCGGGAGAAGUGCCUCCUCCGGGAAUAUUUUCUCCGGCUCGAUACGCCGCUCCAGUCGGUCCAAGUUACGGAGAAUGGAGAGGAAAAGAAUACAGAAGAGGAGAAUACGACGGAAGGCGGCCACCUUCGAAUUCCUAG